ACAGAUUUUUCUUCCUUUACCUCUACAACCCUGUUGCCCAACAGUUGUUUUUAAUGCAACGAUAAAUGUUGAGGCAAUAAGCCUAUUGUUUUUGAAUUUUUUGGCACAUUCUGUACAUAAAAUAUUUUUAACAGCGUUUGACGGAUGGGAACCCAGACAUAACCUUAAAAAUCAGUGUGUAUUAUUUGUAUGUGUUCUCAAAUAGGUGAUAUUGGAUCAUUGACGGGGCAAAAUGUCUUAUCCACCUCCGCACAACGCACCCCAGGGGCCCUAUCCAUCCAUACAUAAUGCUCAAUACCCACCGCCGCCACCAGCAGGCUUCCCAACGCCGAAUGCACCCGGACCCUACGACCAACACGGCCAGUACCCCCCUGGACCCUAUCCACCAGGACCAGGACAGUACCCUCCACCCGGUGGAUAUGCGCCGGGACCGUACGGACCCACCGUCACCAACCAACCCGUGCCUCACCAGAUGCAUCCCGGCGCUCCCAUGCAACCCGGUGGUUGGAUGAAUAUACCGCAAGGCAUUCCCAACUGCCCACCAGGAUUGGAAUACCUUACUAUGAUUGACCAACUAUUAGUGCAUCAAAAAGUCGAAUUGCUCGAAGCGUUGACCGGAUUUGAGACGCAAAAUAAAUUUACGAUUAAAAAUAGUUUAGGACAAAAAGUGUAUUAUGCAGCCGAAGACUCGAAUUGUCUGACGAGGAACUGCUGCGGACCGUUGAGGCCUUUCGACAUGACUAUUUUAGACAAUUUUAAAAAUGAAGUUAUUCAUCUGCAUCGACCGCUUGCUUGUGAUUCUUGCUGUUUCCCUUGUUGUUUACAGAGUAUGGAGGUGUCGUCUCCACCAGGCACGGUCGUCGGCACUGUAGAACAGGAAUGGAGCCUCUUCUGCCCCUCGUUCGCCGUGAAGAACGCCAGCGGCGACACCGUUCUGCGGGUCGAAGGUCCGUUCUGCACGAUGAGCAUUUGCGGCGACGUCGAAUUCAAAAUCAUGUCCGCCGACGGCAACGUGCAAGUCGGAAAGAUAUCGAAACAAUGGUCGGGUUUGAUCAGGGAGAUGUUCACCGACACCGAUUAUUUCGGCAUAACCUUCCCGAUGGAUCUGGACGUGCGCAUGAAGGCGGUCAUGUUGGGUGCAUGUUUCCUAAUCGACGCGAUGUUCUUUGAAAAGGCGAAGGGGGCCGAGAAUGCUGCAGCAGCUGUUUAAGCGGGCUUUACUUCAAUUUCAAUUUUAAUUAAAAUGGCACAAGUUUUACUAACUACAAAAGCAUUUACACAUGCUCUAAAUAAAUGUAUUUCCUUAAAUAUUUAUUAUUCUGAUAUUGUUUUCUUUUGACUACGUUUCGAAUGGUUUUGUUUUGUUUUUUUUUUUAUUUUAUGAUUAUUUUAUGUUAAAUAUUUUAUUUUGCAACAUUCGUCUAAGGCUGCUGUUAAAUGUAUUGCUAGAAAUAUUUUAGUCCUGAUGUAUUUUUAUAUAUAAUGUAUUUUGUAUACGGUCUAGAUGUAUUUAUCAAAAUAACGCUUUUGAAAUAAGACAGACUGAAUUACAGAACUGAUUGUUAGUCUUUUAAUUUUAUUACAACUUUUUGUAGCAGCGCUUAUACAUUUUUGCACUACAAUUAUUAAUGCUGUAUUCAAUAUAAUUUAUUAUUUAUCACUCUUACUAAUAAAUCAUUUACUACUACUGAAGUAUUUUAAAAGUUAUUUGUAUUUAUUCAAAAGUAAUCAGACUUGAAUAACAAUAUUUCAUGAAUGUUGUAUUUAUAAGAAAUUUAUUUUGUGUUGUUUGUCAAUAUAAAUAUAUAUAUA